UGAUAGCUUUCAAUCUGUUUCAAUUCAAUACAAUUAAAAUCAUAUCAGAAUGAAGUUCGUGAUCGCAGCUCUUUGCCUGGUGGUUCUAGCCGUCACCAUUGAAGCCAACCCGGUUCCGGUUGGAUGGCCAGUUAGCAGCACAGUUUGGCCAGCUUACGGAGGUCUGUACGGCAAGACGGUUCUCGCAUCGCCGGGAGUCUGGGGUGGCUGGUCGUGGCCAUCGUAUGGAAAAAGCUGGGGAUACGGUAGCCCGCUGGUAGCUGGAAGUGGAUUGUGGAACUAUGGCGGAUACGGUAACGGGUGGUGGUGAUCGACUGUGAGCGGUUUUGGGUUGAAGAUGUGAGAAAUUUUUGUUUUGUACAAGGACGUUGAGUUUUAAAGGAUUUAUUUUUUUGAAGCA